CAUUGGUAUUUCAGCCUUCUGUCAUCUUGCAAACGCGUGCGUGAACAGCUUUCGCAAGGCAACUAAAGAUGAGUGUUGGAUUCAUCGGAGCUGGCCAGUUGGCUCACGCGUUGGUAAAGGGUUUCGCAGCUUCAGGUGUAAUUGCUACACACAAGAUAACCGCUAGCUCCCCUCAAACUAACUUGCCAGCUGCCACUGCUCUUAGGAGAAUGGGAGUCAAUCUGACUACCAGCAACAAAGAGGCUGUCAGCAGAAGUGAUGUCUUGUUUCUGGGUGUCAAGCCACAUAUUAUUCCAUUUGUGUUGGAUGAAAUCGGACCAGAUAUCGAAGAGCGUCACCUCAUUGUCUCCUGUGCAGCAGGUGUCACUAUCAGUUCCAUAGAGAAGAAACUGCUUCAGUAUCACCCAGCACCGAAGGUGAUUCGCUGUAUGUCGAAUACGCCAGUAAUGGUGCUUGAGGGGGCCACGGUGUACGCUGUGGGCACACACACUGAGUUGGAGGACACCAAACUGCUGGAGCAGCUCAUGACGAGUGUGGGAUACUGCACAGAAGUGGAGGAGGACCUGAUUGAUGCCGUAACGGGCCUCAGUGGCAGUGGCCCGGCCUAUGCUUUCACCGCUAUUGAUGCACUUGCUGAUGGAGGAGUGAAGAUGGGGCUUCCCAGAAGGCUGGCUGUUCGACUUGGAGCACAGGCUCUCUUGGGGGCAGCCAGAAUGCUGCUGGACUCAGAGCAGCACCCUGGUCAGCUGAAGGAUAAUGUGGCAUCACCAGGGGGCGCCACUAUCCAUGCACUGCAUGUAAUGGAGAGUGGAGGCUUCCGUAGCCUGCUUAUAAAUGCAGUGGAAGCGUCAUGUAUUAGAACCAGAGAGCUCCAGCACUUAGCUGACCAAGAGAAGAUUUCCCCAUCUGCCAUUAAGAAAACCACCUUGAAGAAGGUACUGCAACAGCCAGGUGUGACAGGGGCAGGGGUCGGUGUCCGGACUGGCAUCAGCCUCUUCAGCAGCCCCAGCUCCAAACAAAAGGGAAACUGAGGCCAAGACUUAUAGCCUCCACACUGUUCUGUGCAUUUAUGAAGUACAAAUAUGAGGACUCAAGUGCCUGUAUUGUUCUUUUUUUUUUUUUAACAUGGUGUGCAGCUGAAAUGAAUGAAAAUUAUAUAUCACUAUCUAUAAAUCUAAUGUCCUAUAGCACACUGCAAACUCUCAGGACAUUUCACAUGACUUGCUCAAACACCUGUGAUCAUGGCAGUAUAGCAAAUGGGAACAUUGACUUCUACAGUGCUACUGUAUUAAUAGUUGCAUAAUUAGAUGAUAUAGUGAGUAUUCAGUAUUUUCACCUACAGCUUGUGUACCAUUUUGAAGAAGCCAAAGAUGUCAUGUUAACAACAGUAAGGACAGAACCACACUUGUGAUGCAUUUUCCUUAAUGGUUACAACAAAAUAAAUGUAGUGGCCUUUAACUGGUCAGUAAGAUUACACUUAUUGUCUUAAAAGACCCACAGAAGAGGUCUGUAAGAAAUUAUCAUCUUUAGCAUUCCCUGUUAAGAGAAUAGGUAGCUCAUUUUAGGCUUUUUUUUCCCUGUACUGCCCAGGAACAAUGCUGAAAACUAUACAGUUCAACAGUUUUUUUUUUCUUUUUUUAAACCAAUAUUUUUGUUGUACAACUGAUUAUGGAUAUCUGCAUUGGAGAGAAAUGAUAUCACAAGACAGUACAUUGGAAAGUAAUUCUGGUCACAUUGUUACUUACAGAUUAACAUUAAGAAUUUAAAAUGAGACUGAUGUAAAAAAUACCUUGUUCACCAGAACACAAGUAAAUCCCAUGGACACUAAA